AGAGAGAGAGAGAGAGAGAGCGAGCGAACAGUGUUUGGGAUUAUCAUUAGACCUUUUCUGACCAGUGGAUUGGGAUUAAAGUAGAGCGCCAGUCCAACAUGCGUGCGCGACAUUUCCCCCUUUGCGUGUGAACCCAUUUCUAGGGACACCUGGCACGAUUUGACACACAUCCAUCCAUCCCGGAUUUGGACCCGUGUGUUGAAAUGGCCGACGUUCCGCAGCUCGUCAAAAUCGGGAUUUCGCUGAAGAUGCUCCCCAACAAUACCGCCGUCUACUUCAAAUCCGACGGUGCCAGGUUCGGACAAACUCGAACCAUCAAGCUACUCACCGGCUCCAAAUACAAAAUCGAGGUGGUGAUUAAACCCGGAGCGGUCGAGGCCACGUCGAUGAGCCUGGGCGGAGUCACCUUCGCCCUGGAGCGGCAGUCCAAAGACCCUCAGUCGGUGGUCUACACCGGCUUGUACGACACCGAGGGCGUGGCGCACACAAAGAGCGGCGAGAGGCAGCCCCUUCAGAUCAGCAUCCAGUUCAGCGAGGCGGGCACGUUUGAGACGGUGUGGCAGGUGAAAUACUACAACUACAACAAGCGGGAUCACUGCCAGUGGGGCAACAGCUUCAACACCAUCGAGUACGAGUGCAAACCCAAUGACACACGUACGCUCAUGUGGGUCAACAAAGAGACCUUCAUUUGACG